CAAAAGCAAUAUUUUUAUCUGUCAUUCUCAUAUUUUUCACAAAAUGGCUGAACUAUAGAGACGUGUAUUAUUUUCGAGUUAUAUUCGUCACAAUGGAGCCCAAAAAAGUUUAUUAUUCCAACAAAAACAAGUGUACAACUACUUUUUCGAACACAGACGUGUUGAUUUGCGGAGAUAAAUCUUCAUCAGUGUGUAGAACCGACUCGAUUUCGAUCCGUGACCGUGUGUGGUUUUCCCCGAGAGAUAUUCCCUUGAAAUCUUUUGAGAACUAUAGUAAGCGUUGCAGAUUCGUCCAUCGGCCUUCUCCAGAUAUUGUUAAGGAUUUUAGAGUCUCAACAAUGUGUGCGUGAGUGAAAAUGUGUCUGUGAUCUAGUUUACAAGUGUAUAGAAAAUAGUAACAAAAAAAAAAUGAAUUUUACUCAGAAUUGGCGCGAUAAGCGCACCGAUUUCAGACCCAUGCAUUAUUCCAUUGCCAACUACAGUACAGAAACAAAGAAAGAAAUGAGAUCCGCGUUCGGCGAAGACCUUUUCUUGAACAACCUUCAUCUGAUUCCGGAUCCGUUGAUGAAAAAUUUAGCGGACACAAUUAUCACUGAGGAAAAAAUGGCGCCUAAAUCGAAAUUAGAUAAACAUAUUGAUGUGAAUACUGAGAACAACAUGCAUAAUAUCGAAGCUGAUUAUUCUCCACUGUCAGGUAUUACGAGUUUUCUUUCUGGCGUUGUAAACGUGAUUUCGAACGCAGUCUUUAGUAGACUCAGGUCGCCGGACCUGGUUACUCAGCCACCGGCCCAGAUGGCGCCACCGUCGCUGUGGCAGCCAGCCAAACGCGUGGAUGAAAAUAAAAUGUUACCCGAUGAGAAGAUUUCGGAUGAAAAGUGUAGCGAACUCGCGCCAGACAUGGUUGACUGUAGGACGGCGGUCGCUCACUGUCAAAAUAAGAUCGAGCAGGUCCGCCUUCUCCUGGGCAGCAAGCCUGUCUCCACGCCACCAACCACCUAUCGCUCCCGGAGACGGCCUAAACGUGUAUUUGUUGAAGCCAGCUCCGUAGAAGACAAUUUUGAAGAUGCAUUUUCACCAGAAGACUUUGAAAGCCUUGCAAACGACUCUUACAUCCAAUACUCGAGCCCCGUAUGCUUCCAUGACCAGUUUUUCCAUGAGGUUGACAGUCCUAAGGUGAAGACGGAGAUGAGAGGUCCCACCCCUGUUCCCGAGGUUCCUACAGUCUGUGAGACCACUGAAAUUGUGGCUAACGUACCUGAAGAUACCGUUAAUGCAAGUAAAUUAGUUAAUAGUAAAGAGGAGCUGGUGUCGUCCUGCGAAGAUAAGCUUAGUAAGUUGAAGGCACUGCUGGCUGAACGUAAGAAGAAAAAGACCACCGUUGAGCCUGAACCGGUCACCGUACAGCAAACCGAGGAAGUUAAGGAACUGCCUAAAGUUAAAACACCAACAAAAGUGAAGGAUAAGCGUUUUAAGAACCCCAAUCGCACUUGCAGUAAGCGUAUGAAGUCGAAAAUGAGGAAGAGUAUCGAAGAUGACUUACGUUUUGCAAACGAGAUCAAUAUUGAUGAUUUUUCCAGCGUAGAAAACUCACCAUCUAUGGGUUGUUUGGAGAAAUACGUCAUGCAUUUCACUCAGCGUCCCGUUGAGACACCAAAGCAAACCGAAAAGGAGUUUUUCGAUGAAGUCUCUGGGCGGUUCCUUCCUGGUUCCGUAGAGAGUGAGGAUUCCUUCCAAAUCGUCUUCAACGACUGUCCUAAACUGCGGAGAACAUCGGACUGUGAAUCUGAGGACUCUUUCAUCGUCUUUGAGGAUUCACCAGACAGUUGCUACACAUCCAACGACGUCUUCGGAGAGACAAGUGAUGAUGAUGAUGAGUACGACAGUGAUUCAGACGUCAGUCAGUCCGGUGAUUCAGGGUGUGGUGAUUAUCAGUUCAAUUUGGCUGCGUCUCUAUCUAAGAGUGUGUGUAACCUGACCGAUGCGAGCUUGUAUGCGGAUACCGGGGCUGAUGAAGUGGAUUUUGUGGAUGAUACUGCGGUCAGUCAACCGGAGGAUGUGGAGACUGAAGAUCUGAAGACUGGAUUGCUCAUUGAUGAUAGGAAGAAACAUCAGCGGAAGGGAUUACCACCUAAGCGGGUGCAGUUUUCAUCAGCACCUCCGAAGGUUCACGUGCUUCGAGUAUGGGCGUUUGCAGCCCGUCAGGCUCGGGCCGGUCAUUGGGAGAGAUACGCUCUAGAUCGGGACCGCUUCAAGCGGAGAAUCGCCGACGUUGAAGUGGCCGUAUCCUGGGUGCUCCGACCCCAACACCGUUCCCGCAUCAUGUUCCAACGCUUCAUGCCUUGGUGGAACCGCCUCAAGCGGGAAGAACUCGCCGAGAAGCGAGAGCGAGAAGAGCGAGCGAAGCUACAGGAGUUGGAAGAGCGAGCGAAGCAAGAGGAGCUAGAUGAGCGAGCGAAGCAAGAGGAGGUAGCUCUUGAAGAUGUUACGGAAGAGCGAGCGAAGGAACAAGAGCCUGUUGAAGACGUUACACAAGAAGAACGAGCGAAGCGAAAGGAGUUACCUGUUGAAGUGCGAGCGAAGCAAGGGACUGUCGACGAAGUUACAGAGCAAAGUAAGUCAGUAGGACUUGGUAUCACAUCUCCGAUUGAUAAAAUCGAUGAUAGUUGCCUUAAAUCACCGCUAGAUGGAGCUGAAAACACCAUUGAUAAUAUUAAAACGCCAGAAGAAAAUAGUAAGAAUGAUAGUAAGUCGCUUUGUAAGAAGAAUCUUGAAAUAAUUCCGGUGAAUGAUAAAUUGUUGAUUUUGAAAACAGAUGUCACUCAGGCGAUUGACACUUGACAUAAUUUUAUUUUAAAAUUGUACGGUAUUGGGUAGAUUAUAAGUAGAUAUAUAUAUAUGAAAAAUCCCGGCUGUUUAAAGCAUAUAUUGUAUACAAAAACUUUCCUCAUAAAUCGGUCUGUUUAUUGCUGAAAACCACAUGAAAAUCAAUGCUGCAGUUUUUGAGUUUUUCGCGAUCAAAAAUUUAAACGCAGCAGGGGAGUUUUAUAGUAUAUUAUUUUGUGAUAAUGUUAGGGAUAUUUGGUGCUUUUUUUAUGUAAAAAAAUAUCUUAAUAUAAAAAAAAUAUUACACAAGUAUUUUGUAUAAUUUAUAAUACUUGUUUUUUUAAGACUUUAACGUCAUAUAAUAUAAUACGAUAAAUAAAUGAUUAUUAUUUUUAAAUAAGUCUUGGUUUUAAUAUUAAUAUAAUUCAAUAGUUUAAGUAUUAUUAGCAUACCUCGCUAUGGUAGGCUUUCAGUGCUUAAAUUAUGUUUUAUUCGACAAAGAAUAAUUAAACCAAGACAUAUAACAAUCGCAUUUAUCAACGAACGUCCCAAAGUAACUACUUCGCGCACCCGGUUAAAAAGUAGACUGCUCAAUAAAUGGGCUAUCUAUACUACGCGCGCGGAAACGGAAUAAUUUCGUAUGUUGACCUUAUUUGCAAUGUGCGAGCUAGACAGCAAUAUAACAUGAAUGUAACAGAGAUAGGUAUACUUUUUUUUUAACGACGUCAAAAAUCAUCAAAUGACCCCUCCGGCUGCGAGUUAGCAGCGGUAAGGGAGUGUCAGACUCUUACUGACUAAAAUCAUCGUGUUCCGUCGCAGGCCUUUUAUGUACCAGGGCCGCGGUAACUCUUUCGAAUAAUCCCGCAGCCAGAGAUAGGUAUACUUAGGUCAACGAACUUAAAUCUUUCGUUUCCGCGCGCAUUAUAAACAAUUAAAUAUUGUUCUAUAUUGAACCAAUGGUUCCUGAAAUUAGCGAAUUUAAACUAAUAAGUCAGCCUUACAAUUUACAAUUUAGUGGCUGUUUUCCGUGGAAACUACUGCUCGUACCCGGAUAAAAUAUAGCCUAUGUUACUCGGUAAUAGUGUAGCUUUCCAACACUGAAAGAAUUUUUCAGAGGUUCAAGCAAAAAAAUGUUCUCUUAAUAAUAUUAGUAUAGGAUGUUCUAUUAAUAUAAUCUACCCAAUAUUUUUAGUUGUCAAGUGCCUGAUUACAAAUGAGACUGACUAUCUGUAGAAAGUACCGAAUUAUGACCUAAUGGUACUAUUACACUUAGAUAAAUAAUAUAUAAGACAUAUUACAUAAGGGCCUCCGUUUUUGCACUUCACAAAAGUAUAUAAUAAGUAUUUUUUGGUUGAUUUUCACACAAAUCUUAUGUUAUAUUGUAACUGCUACAAAUAUGUUUCGGCGCAGAUAUGAUAUGUAGCAGAGCAGAAUAUGUUUUACUGUAAAAUUGUUAAGGACAUUGUGUACAUUUAAAAUUAAUUUACAUAAUUAUAGUUAAGAAAAUAAUAAUCUAAAAAUUAACUGUCAACAUCGUCUCCCUAGCCUUAUCCCAACUAUGUCGGGGUCGGCUUCCAGUCUAAACGGAUGUAGCUGUGUACCAGUGCUUUACAAGAAGCGACUGCUUAGUUUUCAAUUGUUUUUUGAUAUUAUUUCAAUGAAGAUAAAGUCUAUAAUAGUUUGACAGCGCAAUGUAUUCUGCUCUGCGCUUUGACAUAUCUGCGCCGAUUCAUAUAAUAAAAGUAAGAUACACAUCAAGAGAAAUUGUACAUAGAAAAAUUUUGCAACAGUAGGUCCACAUUAUGUUACCCCCUUCUAUAACAAAUGUAUAUAAGAUGAUAUAUAAUAUAUACCUAAAAUAUAAACGCUGUAUAUUUGUAAAAAGUUUUGGUUUAGCAGUUUUCUUUUUAUAUUUACAAAAACUUGCCGUUUGAAAUCGUGGCCUCUUAAUACAAAAUAUUUUUUGAGUUGCACCAUUUAACUAUAACGAUAACCGAACCAUUUUUCAGUUGUCAUAUCGCCGAUGUGACCAAUGGGCGGCAAGUAUACGGCUGGUUAUGGUUUGGUUAUCGUUAUAGUUAAAUAGUGCAACUGUAUCUUAUUACUUUUUAGGGUUCCGUAGCCAAAAUGGCAAAAACGGAACCCUUAUAGUUUCGUCAUGUCCGUCUGUCCGUCUGUCCGUCUGUCACAGCCGAUUUACUCGGAAACUAUAAGUACUACAGUGAUGAAAUUUGAUGGGAAUAUGUGUUGUAUGAACCGCUACAAAAAUAUGACACUAAAUAGUAAAAAAAAGAAUUGGGGGUGGGGCCCCCCAUACAUGUAACUGAGGGAUGAAAUUUUUUUUUUCGAUGUACAUACCCGUGUGGGGUAUCAAUGGAAAGGUCUUUUAAAAUGAUAUAAAGUUUUCUAAAAAACAUUUUUCUUAAAGUGAACGGUUUUUGAGAUAUCAGCUCUCAAAGUCGUAAAAAGUAUGUCCCCCCCCCUCUAUUUUUAUAACUACGGGGUAUAAAAUUCUAAAAAAAAUAGAGGUGAUGCAUGCUAAUUAACUCUUUCAACGAUUUUUGGUUUGAUCAAAGUAUCUCUUAUAGUUUUUGAGAUAGGUUGAUUUAACUGUAAUUUACGGAACCCUUCGUGCACGAGUCCGACUCGCACUUGGCCGGUUUUAAAUCUAUAAGCAUUUAUAUGUUAUAAAUAAUUAUUCAAGUUUAUUUACCGAGGCCAUGGUUCUACAAUUGGCCUAGCCUGCCUAUAAAAGGCCGAAAUAUUGUUUUUAUUUAAUACUCAAAAUAGAUUUCCAAUUUUGGCGCACUCUAACAAGAAUUUAGUCUGAUGCUUGAUUGCAUAAUAAUAUCAUUUAUUAAAUUAUGAUAUGCAUUGUCGAAGGAGGCCACUUUUAUUAAAGAAUAUAUUUGGAGCACUAUUUUAGUUCAAAACACUGCCUCUCUUAGGCAUAAUUAAUUUCAUUCGUACAGUCAAUAACUAAAGUCUAUGAACACUCACAAAAGUAUCUACCUAUUAUCAAAAUUGAAAAAUACCUGGAUACUAAACUCUUCUUCAAGUAAUUUUUUAACCGACUUCCCGAAAAGGUGGAGGUCCCCAAUUCGUGGGAAUCUUUAUUAUGUAUAACGGAACAAAAUAACCUGGAUAUAAAAUAAUUUUAAAACUAAAUGAACACAGUUUUUUCAUUUAAAAUGAGUGUUCAUAGACUUUUGUGGCCGACUAUCGGUGGAUUGCAAUAUCCUAUCUGAAUAUAAUGGAUAGAUAUUUUAUAGAAAUCCACUAUAUACCGCUAUUGAGCGUCAAAAUGCGCCUUGCUAUACACGGUACUUGAAUGACACUUCUUAAUUACGCAUGUUGGAAUAAAAACGUUAAAACACAAAUACAUAUAAAUUAAUUGUUAAAAGACUAAUCACGUCUUAGGGUACGCUUUGAAUACUUGUUGCUGACUGCAACUGAAAACCGCACACACCGCGACUGUAUGAAAAGUCAAAUCAUUUAUUUAAUUUAGGCCUUUACAAGCACUUAUGAAAAUAAUAUCUGAGGGCGACUGAACGUGCUGCUCCCGCUUCGAUCCAAAACGGUUUCAUGUAAAUACAUACAAACCAGGGACUUGAUUCUGCUAAUUUUACUUCAGCGACAUACGAUUCACAUCCGACUGAGAUACAAUCACGACUCGAUUACGAUUGAAGCGUAUGUUUUUAUCUGUUUGUGUGGUUCAAUAAUGAAUCAUAUUAUCUGCAAAUGAUUUACGAUUGCAAUAUGAUUGUAGAGCAAACUACCGUUUAGGUAGACCAAAUGGCAUACCAAUCGCAAACCAAUGAAAUGUGAUUGGAAUACGAUUGGUCUUAUAUUAGCAGCAGAAUGCCCGCUAAGGUUAAAACUGCCAUUGCGAUUCAAUUUUGUCAUUAUUAAAUUAGCAGAAUCGGGCCCCAGUAAUGCAGCUGCGGCCGACUUCAUGCAAUCGCGGCAUAUGCGAUCGUCAGCUAGCAUUGAAAGCGCACCUUUAUUUGUAAUAUAAAAUUAUUGUUUUAUAAUUAUGUUUACUAGGAUCUUAUACUUAUGUAUUUAUUUCUUUCCAUGAAGUUGAUAACGAAAUGGUUUUAAACCAGCGUGUUGUGUUCACAUCAAAUUAUAGUCACUUUAAAUAAUACGGUAAUAAUAUUUAUACAGAUUUGUUUCAUUAUUAUUUUACAUUUGAUUGUUAAAAUAAUUUUGAAAAUUACUAUAUUUUUUUGUUAAUAUGUUUCUUAGAUAUUUAACUAGAACGAUAACCGAACCAUUUUCAGUUGUCAAAUCGCCGAUGUGACCAAUGGACGGCAAGUAUACGGCUGGUUAUGGUUUGGUUAUCGUUAUAGUUAAAUAGUGCAACUGGGUCUUAAUAAAUUGAGUUUCUAUUCACUUGAAAAUGAAUAUUAUUUGUAUAGAUAUUAUUUCUUGUGACUGUACUGCAAUCAUUUUUAUUUUGUAUAUAUUUUGUUAAGUUGAAUGUACCAAAUAGUUUGUAUGUCUAAUUUGAUUGAAAAUAUAUAAAUUUGCUUUGUAUUUUUCAUUUAAAAAGAGAUGAGUAAAGAAACUUUAUAUCUGGUAACACUAUUUCUCCCCGGUGGUGUCGGAUUGUCGUCACAUCGCGCUAUGAGAGUGAAGGAAUAGUGAGUGCACCUGUGUCCAAGCAAAUGCUUGUGCACUAUAAUAUGUCCUGCGCAGUUGGCUGAUCUCCUUAUAUGAGAACAGCUGCCAUGGCCGAAAAUUGGCUAGAAGGAUCUCUUUUUAAAUGAAAUUUUAAGUUAAAAACGGGGUUGCCAUUCUAAAUGGCUUCUAAGUUGAAACUUGUAAAGUGAUAUUUGUGUAUUUCAGUUGACUUAAACUAAGUAAAUUGUCUAGUAUGUAUAUUGUAUAAAGGUUUUGGUGUCCGUAAAUAUAUUGUAUGUAAACGCAA